ACUGAAUGUUAGCAUAUCAACCAAUAAUUUCAUUUCGUUUCAACAUCAUCUUGACCCUUCUCACAAUCGGUGUCGAGGCGUGAACGCGCACAGUCUGGACUGCUGUCUGGUCAGACAGCUCGGGAGGCAAAUAGGAGGGGCGAGUAUCGGGGAUGCCACGAAGGACCAGAGAUGUUCUGAAUGAAAGAAGGAUCUGGCAGCCUUUGGAUAACAAUGCUGGAGAACUUGAGCGGAGCCCACAUUGAUCGAUCCAGCCCUAGAUCAUCCACAUUCAGCUUCUCUGCCCUGUUUGCUCUGCCACACCACCUUCACAUGGAUGGAAGCAGUCAUCCAUUCAGGAGGACUCUGUACCGGUUAAAGUUGGUAAGUUCUCCGAAUCUGAGUCAGCUGGGGAAAAAUGAAAAGGCUUCACUGGAGGAGAGAGGAUCCGGGCCUAAUGUCAUAUGGAACAGCAUUCACAAUGCAGUUAUUGCUGUAUUCCAAAAGAAAGGACUGGCAGACAACGAACUCUAUACACUCAAUGAAGGCGUGAGGCAGCUAUUGAAAACUGAGCUGGGCUUGUUCUUUACAGAAUACCUCCAGAAUCAGCUUUUAACUAAAGGCAUGGUCAUUUUACGGGACAAAAUAAGGUUUUAUGAAGGUCAGAAGUUAUUGGACUCUUUGGCGGAGACAUGGGACUUUUUCUUUUGUGAUGUUCUGACUAUGCUUCUAGCCAUCUUCCACCCCGUCCAGGGUAAGGAGCCAUCGGUGCGUCAGCUGGCCCUGCUGCACUUUCGAAACACCAUCACCCUUAACAUGAAGCUGGAGGAGGCUCUGUCCAGACCGCGAGCCCGUGUCCCUCCCUCCAUCGUCCAGAUGCUUUUAGUGUUACAGGGGGUUCAUGAAUCCAAAGGUGUGAGUGAAGAAUACCUGAAGCUGGAGUCUCUCAUUCAGAAGGUGGUGUCGCCGUACCUGGGCACGCAGGGACUGUGUUCACAUGAGUGUGGCGCCUCUCAGUGCUCCUGUGUUAUUGUGACAAAGAGGUGUUUGCAGUAUUGCUGGUCCAAGUCUGCAGACCUGCCCUCCAGUAAUCCAGUAGUGCGCUCCAAGAGUUACAACAUCCCCAUGCUGACCCCUGUGGCUGAGUACGACUCUGAAGUGAGCUCUGUGGGCAGCGUCGGCAUCCGGCGUCACUCUGCAUGUGAUGUCACUUCCUGCAUAGAGCCCCUGGGCUAUUCGACCCUGACUGUGGGAAUAGAGACCAUUUCAACCCCCAGACUCUCACUCAAUCACGAGCUCACCCUGUCCAGUGUGAUGCGAGGGGCUGCGGGACAGCCAGCUCUGAUUUCUCCGCCCAUCUUCACAGUCUGUCUGCAUGCAGCGGACGCCCAGAUGGCUUCAUCUGAGGUGGACAAGGCCCUUUCGUCGCCCCCGAGCUGCUCCUCCAGUCCGGAGACGAUUGUACUGCAGGGGGUAGACUCGCUGGAAUCAGAUCCUGACGGAAUCUUCAUCGACUUUUCCCACUGCCGCUCCGAUUCUUUCGGAACCAGCAGGAAAACUAGCUGAUGGAAUCCAUUUCUGUGAAGAAUCCCUUUCAGAUUUUUAUGAUUAUAAACUACCACUAUUCUGUGAACUUGUGAAGUAGCUAUGUACGUUGUGAUUUUUCAAAAAGCUCAAAAGCUAAGGCUGCUUUGUGGGAAAAAUGAUUGUUUUCUUAAUGUUCUAAACCUGUGGAUGAAUUUUUCUACUUUUUCAUAGACGAUAGGGGAGGGUAAUUGCACCUUUUUAUCGCGCAAUUUUGAGUUUAUAUCUCACAAUUCAGACUUUUUUCCCUCUGAAUUGCUGGUUGUUAAUUCACAAUUGCAAGAAAAAAGGUUACAAUUAUGUUAAUUCAAUUCACAAUUCUGAGUAAAAAGUCAUUUGUGAAAUGUAAACUUGCAAUUUUGAGUUUAUAAUUUGAAAUUGUAAGAUAUAAAUUCGUAACUAUGAGAAAAAAGGCAGAAUUGCGAUAUUGUUUUUAUUUUUAUUCCAUGGCAGAAAUAAGCUUCCAUAUUCGUUUUGUUUAAAGGUGUGGUCACAUUUACUGUUGUCAAAUUUUCGCAGGCGAAAUCCAGUCAUUUCAAAAGGAAUUCACACGGAUGGGAGUUUCACAUGAGGGCUGAAGAUUUCGCAGUGGGUUCAAGUUGGUCACAUGGAUUUACCACAUUGACCAGCAGGAAGCUGAUUGGCACAUACGUUAUGUCUGUGUGAGCUGAACUUCAUACAUCAUUUCAUAAUCAACAAUAGACAACUGGCCUUUUUUACUAACAAAAAUGUGACUGCACCUUAAAUGAGCUUCAUGUGUCGCAAUGUGUAAUGAGAUGACAGUAUGUCUAAAUGUAGAAAUCUCUUCCAUUAUUGUCGCUCUUGAUCUAAUGCCCUAUUUAUUGUCAUAGGGCUUUAAACGAAAUACAUUUAGUGCUUUUUAAUCAUU